AGAGACAGACCACUCAGUCAGUCGGUCCGGUCUCUCAGUCCAACAACAACACCUACAGUUUAUCACACGUUUAUAUUCACCUGCGGAUGGAUUUAAAAACGCGAACGCAAUGGAGCCGAAUCACCUGUAGGACCAGAAAGUAGGACACUCUUCUAAAUUAUGUUUCACGGACUUUACCUGCCGGAAUUCAUUUAAUCUGAAUUGCAAUAACUGACCAGUUUGGUAAACGUCUCACUCAUGGAUUAAUACCGUUUCAAUGCAGCCUACUCUGCGUUUUCUGGACCACACAAAGGGGUGACAAGACGCUUAACUUGACAGUUGAAGACGAUUAACUUGACGGCAAUACGUUAUUGAGCCGUGGUGGAAGUGGACUACCUGCUGGGCUGGAGGAUGGCGUGUCGGAGGAAGGGCGCCGCUCUCCUGCUGGUUCUGCUGGUUUUGCUCGACAUGCAGCUGGUCGCUGGGCGACCAUCUCGACACCGCGGCUUGAGACGUCAAACCCGCGGGCACCCCGAACGCCGGGCGCUCCAGAACAUCACGCUGGCCGUCAUUUUACCCCAGAGCAACACGGAUUACCCGUGGGCUUGGCCUCGCAUCGGGCCCGCCCUGGAGCGAGCCAUUAAAACCGUCAACGAUGACCCCACCCUGCUCCCUGACCACCACCUCACCUACGUCUUCAAAAACAGCGAAAACAAAAACGGCAUCUGCUCCGAGUCCAUCGCCCCGCUCAUGGCUGUGGACCUUAAAUUUGCGUACAACCCGUGGGCUUUCAUCGGGCCCGGCUGCUCCUACACAUCGUCCCCCGUUGGCCUCUUCACCACCCAUUGGGACGUUCCGAUGGUUACGGCGGGCGCCCCGGCCGUUGCCUUUUACGGCGGAGUCUACCCGUCCAUCACCAACACAGGCCCCACCCACAAGAAGCUCGGGAAGUUCGCCCUGAGGAUCUGCGAGCACUUUAAGUGGCGGGAGCACGUGAUGCUCAUGUUCAACGAUAACAAGGUGGACGAUCGGCCGUGUUACUUUGCCGUGGAGGGUCUGUACACCGAGCUGAAGAGCAUCAACAUUACGCUCGUCGACAGGGUGUUCGAAGAGAACAAGCUGCCGAUCAACUAUUCCCAAAUUAUUUCCGACAUUCAGAGCGACGGCCGAGUGAUGUUCGUCUGCUGCUCCCCAGACGUCUUCAGGAAGUUGAUGGUUGAGUUCCGGCAGGCGGAUCUUCCUCACGAGCAGUAUGUCUUCUUCUACAUCGACGUGUUCGGAGCAAGUCUGAACUCAAAGCACGGACAGCCGUGGGCCCGUGGGGACAAGGACGACGCUGUUGCCAGGGAGGCCUUCCAGAGUGUGAAGAUCCUAACGUACCGAGAGCCUCAGAACCCCGAGUACACAGAGUUCGUCAAAAACCUGAAGACCGACGCCAGGAAGAUGUUCAACUACACCAUCGAGGACUCACUGAUGAACAUCAUAGCCGGAGGGUUUUACGACGGUUUGAUGCUCUACACUCACGCUCUGAACGAGACCAUGUCCAUGUCCGCCGGCCGGCCUCUGGGCAAAGUCGUCACCAAGAGGAUGUGGAAUCGAACCUUCCACGGUGUAACGGGACAGGUCCACCUGGACGAGAACGGAGACAGAGAGACGGACUUCGCUCUGUGGGACAUGAUCGACAACAAAACAAGCGCCUUCCAGAUAGUUUUGGUGUACAACAGUUCAGAGGAGCAGCUGACUGCCAUCCCUGGAACAACACUGCAGUGGCUGGGUGGAGUUCGUCCUCGCGAUGUUCCCGUCUGCGGCUUCAAAAACGACAACCCUGCCUGCCUCACAAAGACGGUGACCAUCCAUCAGAUGGUUUCCAUCGUUAUCUUCUUCAUCUUCAUGAUGACUCUCACCAUCACCAUCUUCAUCUACAGGAAGAUGAAGUUGGAGAAGGAGCUGGUGGCUCAGCUCUGGAGGAUUUCCUGGUGCGACAUCCAGAUGAGCAACGUGGACAAGGUGCUGCGCAGCGGCAGCAGGAUCACUCUGUCACUGAGAGGCUCGAACUACGGCUCCCUGAUGACUGGAGAUGGAAACAUGCAGGUUUUUGCAAAGACUGGAUACUACAAGGGAAACAUUGCCGCCAUCAAAUACACCAACAGGAAACGCAUCGAGCUGAACAGGAAGGUCCUGUUUGAACUCAAACAUAUGCGAGACGUUCAGAACGAACAUCUGACCAGGUUCAUUGGAGCGUGCAUCGACCCUCCCAACACCUGCAUCAUCACAGAGUACUGUCCCAGAGGAAGUCUGCAGGACAUCUUGGAGAACGACAGCAUCACUCUGGACUGGAUGUUCAAAUAUUCUCUCAUCAAUGACAUCGUCAAGGGCAUGGUGUUCCUCCACAACAGCGUCAUCGUGUCUCACGGUAAACUCAAGUCGUCCAACUGUGUCGUGGACAACCGCUUUGUCCUGAAGAUCACAGACUACGGUUUGUCCAGCUUCCGAUCUUUGAGCAACUCGGGAAAAGAUGCGUAUGCCUACUACGCCCAGAGGUUGUGGAUGGCUCCAGAGCUGCUCAGGAUGGAGUCUCCUCCUCCUCAGGGAACUCAGAAAGGAGAUGUCUACAGCUUCAGCAUCAUCCUCCAGGAGGUGGCGCUGCGCCGAGGAGCCUUUUACCUGGAGGGGGACCCUCUCAGCCCCAAAGAGAUUGUGGACCGGGUGGUUUUGGGCGAGUGGCCCUGCCUCAGACCGACCAUCGACCCCCAGGUCCAUAGUCCUGAGCUGGGACAGCUGAUGCAGCGCUGCUGGGCCGAGGAGCCGACGGAGAGACCAGAGUUCAACCACAUCUGGGUGCUGCUGCGCAAACAGAACAAGGAGUCGAGGACCAACAUCCUGGACAACCUGCUGUCCCGUAUGGAGCAGUACGCCAACAACCUGGAGGAGCUGGUGGAGGAGCGAACACAAGCCUAUCAUGAGGAGAAACGCAAGGCUGAAGCAUUGCUGUACCAGAUACUACCACAUUCGGUGGCGGAGCAGUUGAAGCGAGGGGAGACGGUUCAGGCUGAGGCCUUUGACUCUGUCACCAUCUACUUCAGCGACAUCGUGGGUUUCACUGCCAUCUCUGCAGAGAGCACGCCGAUGCAGGUGGUGACGCUGCUGAAUGACCUCUACACCUGUUUCGAUGCCAUCAUCGACAACUUUGAUGUUUACAAGGUGGAGACCAUCGGCGAUGCCUACAUGGUGGUGUCGGGGCUGCCGGUGAGGAACGGGAAUCUGCACGGCAGAGAGAUCGCCCGCAUGGCGCUCGCCCUGUUGGACGCCGUCCGAACCUUCAAGAUCUGCCACCGCUCAGAACAGCAGCUCAAACUCAGGAUAGGAAUACACAGCGGUCCGGUGUGUGCGGGCGUGGUGGGUCUGAAGAUGCCUCGUUACUGUCUCUUCGGCGACACCGUCAACACGUCGUCACGUAUGGAGUCCAGCGGAGAAGCGCUGAAGAUCCACGUGUCGGCAGCGACUCGCGACGUCCUGAUGGAGUUCAACUGCUUCCAGCUGGAGCUGAGAGGAGAGAUCGACGUCAAGGGCAAAGGGAAGAUGACCACCUAUUGGCUACUGGGAGAGAGCGACAGCCAAUGACAAAACACCGCAGACAGGAGGACGAUGGAGGACAGAGACAGAGGAGGAGGGGACGAAGAGACGAGAAGGAGAUGAGGGCUCAGAUGAGAGGAAGGGAAAGAGGGAGGUAAGGAAAGACAAGGCAAGGCAGCUUUAUUUGUAUAGCACAUUUCAGCAACAGGGCAAACUGAAAAGGUAAGAGAAGGAGAGAAGGAAGGGAAGGAAACGAGGGAGCAGGAGACAAAGGAGGGAAGUCAAGGGAAGAAAGUAUAGUAGGUAUCUCCACAGACGUCUCAGGUCCUCGUCCUCCUGCACCCGACCUGUCAGAGAGGACUCGUGUUUGUCACUUCCGAAUGAAAGUCGGAGGAAAAUACUGGUACAUUCUCGCUGACAUAUAUACGAAAAAAGUGCAAAAACUGAAGGAGGGAGAAGGACGCGCGCAAGUCGUAAAAAGAAACACAGAUGUGGAACGAUGACGGAGAAAAAGCUGGUCUGAAACACGCAGAAACAGGAAUCAAACUGAACUCAUGAAGGGCUGGAACAUAAUGUAAAUGAAGGAGCAGAGAUAUUAGAGAAUAUUAACUUUAUAUUGUGUGUUUUACAGAUCUUGUCUGUUAUGUUUUAUAAAGAAAAUCAUGAUUUGGGUUGAGCUGAUAUGAAAACCUUGCGCCUCAAAGGCUCAGCGGAUAAUUCUCUCUUUUGUGCUGCACUGCUGACGGACCAGGAUCAGCAUGUGGAGUCCCGGCCAGGGGGGUUGAUGACUGAAUAAAUAGACUGUUUAAAUGAAGCUAAAACAUCUGGAUCUCCCCCUGGUGGCUGGCUGCAGUAUAGGUCAUAAGCCCCGCCCCCUCCAUGUUAACGGAUGGGACAUGGACCAAACUAAAAAUCAAAGUACACAUCAAAUACAUUUUCCCCAAGAUGGUUUCUGUCAUUUUAGGUAGUUCUGAUCACACUGAUGUUUGUUCAAGUCAAGUCUUGAAAACUGAAAACAUCUACUGGUACUAGGUGAAAAUUGUCUUUUUAAUUGACAAACAUCAUAUGUGUAAUCCAUGGCUCAAUUCAAACAAGAUCAAAAGAUUAUUUGUCUCUCUCCGUUCACUACCGUUCAUAUUUUUUAUA